AUGGCCCCUAUGUUGGUGGCCUUGGCGCUGCUGGCUUUGCUGCCCGUAUCGGAGCAAGGUCCCCACGAGAAGCGGCUGCUGAACGCUUUGCUCGCAAACUACAACACGCUGGAACGACCAGUCGCCAACGAGAGCGAGCCGCUGGAAGUCAGGUUCGGCCUCACGCUGCAGCAGAUCAUUGAUGUGGACGAGAAGAAUCAACUACUUAUAACCAAUAUAUGGCUGUCGUUGGAGUGGAAUGACUACAACCUGAGGUGGAACGACAGCGACUAUGGCGGGGUCAAGGACCUCAGGAUCACACCCAACAAGCUGUGGAAGCCGGACGUGCUUAUGUACAAUAGUGCUGACGAGGGUUUUGACGGGACAUACCAGACCAACGUGGUGGUCAGAAACAACGGCAGUUGCCUGUACGUGCCACCUGGCAUAUUCAAGAGCACAUGCAAGAUAGACAUCACGUGGUUUCCCUUCGACGACCAACACUGUGAUAUGAAGUUCGGUAGCUGGACAUAUGACGGGAAUCAGUUGGAUCUGGUGCUAAAAGAUGAGGCAGGCGGUGAUCUAUCGGACUUCAUAACAAAUGGGGAGUGGUAUUUAAUAGGAAUGCCAGGCAAAAAGAACACAAUAACUUACGCGUGCUGCCCAGAGCCUUACGUAGAUGUCACGUUCACCAUCAUGAUCAGGAGACGGACGCUGUACUACUUCUUCAACCUCAUCGUCCCGUGCGUGCUGAUCUCAUCCAUGGCUCUCCUCGGUUUCACUUUACCGCCAGACUCAGGAGAAAAACUUACUCUUGGAGUCACUAUUCUUCUCUCGCUGACGGUGUUCCUCAACCUGGUAGCUGAGACCCUGCCACAGGUCUCCGACGCUAUCCCCCUGUUAGGGACAUACUUCAACUGCAUCAUGUUCAUGGUAGCGUCGUCAGUGGUAUUGACAGUCGUGGUACUCAACUACCAUCACCGGACCGCAGACAUACAUGAGAUGCCGCAGUGGAUAAAAUCAGUGUUCCUGCAAUGGUUACCAUGGAUCCUGCGGAUGUCGAGACCAGGGAAGAAAAUCACAAGAAAGACAAUCAUGAUGAAUACGAGGAUGAGGGAGUUGGAGCUUAAAGAGCGGUCGUCGAAGUCAUUACUGGCCAACGUACUUGACAUAGAUGAUGACUUCAGGCACGCUCCUCCACCUCCUAACAGUACAGCAUCCACUGGGAAUUUAGGGCCAGGGUGCUCAAUAUUCCGCACGGAUUUCCGUCGGUCCUUCGUCCGUCCGUCCACUAUGGAGGAUGUGGGCGGCGGGCUGGCCAGCCACCACAGGGAGCUUCAUCUCAUCCUGAGGGAGCUGCAGUUCAUCACUGCAAGGAUGAAGAAAGCAGACGAAGAAGCUGAGCUGAUCAGCGACUGGAAGUUCGCUGCUAUGGUUGUUGAUAGGUUUUGCCUGUUCGUGUUCACACUUUUCACAAUCAUCGCAACAGUGGCUGUCCUGUUAUCGGCACCGCAUAUCAUCGUGCAAUGAACCAACUACUAGGUGCCUCGGGUGUACCGGCACAAGUAUGAGAGAACUAAUUAUUAGUAUGCCGAUUUGUAAUUAUAAUUAAUAAUGUAAUUUAAAUAAAUACGUGUUUGAAGCGCACACGUCUCCUUAAAAGUCUUAAGACAUUAAAUUACGGUAACUUUACAUUAUUAUAGUUAAGUCAAAUGCUAAUGGAAAUUUCAGCCGGAGCUAGGAAUUACAUUAUGAAGGUCGUUCUGUUGUUCGUGUUGUACUAGUGUAUUGUUGUGUAAUUAUCUUUUUGCAAAUAAAAGAAAAUAUAAACUUUUGUUUCUUCGAAUUUACUAAGCUCCUUGAGCUCAGACUCAAAUUGCCAUUAGUAGUUAUUAAAAAAAAUGUGAUGUUGACUAGGAUGUUAUACAGAUAAAUGUUGACGUGUCUAAUUUGUUAAAAAACAAUAUUAAUAACUUUAUCUAAACGGUUUGUAUAAACGAAAUAUUAAUGAGGGUUCAUUUGAUGGAAAGGAAUGCUUUGCUGGCACAGAGUUGCAUUAAUUUAGAAAAAGACAUCACACAGGUUUGUCUGGACAUUGGACUCUUUGAAUGAAAAAUGAGGUUUGGUCAAAAAAGUUUGUAAAACAGAAAAGUUUGGUUCUGCGUCUGUGCUGGAAUUAAAAUUGUCGUAAAUUGAAGGAAAAGAAUGUCCUUUGAAAAAUUACAUUUCAAUCGGUAUCCUUUUUACAUGUAAUGAGGGAACACAGAUGAUGACAAAACCUUAGGGUAUUAAGUAAUGUACAUAAUGGAUCAAAUAUCGGUAGAGUGAAGAAUAGCUUAACGAUUUAAGAUUAUUCCAUUCGAUAUUAAAAUUCGAUUAGCGAAAAUCGCUACGUUUACAUCGUUACAUAUCGAUUUGAAUCGAUAUGUAUUAUAUAGAUUGGGACGUUAGUGAAGAUUGUGAAAGUAAAUAUUGUAAUUAUUAAAUGAAUAUACUACGAAAAUUUAAUCCAGGAAUUGUUAAACAGUCAUGGAAUUGAUAAGAAUUCAACAUUAAAUACGGAACCAAAGAUAGACUAGGUCUAGCAGCACGGGGUUGAAUAAAAAAUAAUUAGAUCCGAACGCGGAAGGUAACAAGUAUUCGGUAGUGAGUUUUUGUUAAUAAAAGUAAUAUCAAUUAAACUGAAAACUGUUAAUAUCUCGUAUCGAUAAAUGCUCAUUUAAUAUGGAUUGUGUAAAAUUAUGAAAGUGUUAGUGUAUCGAUAUGAGAAUAAGUCCCUAGCAACAGAAAUAGCAACUGAUAUUAGACAUCGGUUUGUGUUAAUCUAAUGCUUAGCGAAAAUAUUACAUCGCCGUUAAUAUCACUAACCACCACGUAAUAUGAUAUAUAAUGUACAUACAGAAUAAUGCAGUGUGUAUGUAUUUGUAUAUAAAUUUUAGAAAAAAAUCGGAAAAAAGACUAAAAUAUCGCAUUUUUCACUCUAGUAUUUAUAACAACCAGUCUUAUUGGGCAGGAAUAGUACUAUUACACGUAAGUACUAGAUACUGUCUUUAUAUUGAUAUCAUCUCGAUAAGUCAAGCGUUAUCUGAUUCAUUUCAAACGUAGAUCGAUGGGAGGCGAUCCGAAAUAUUUUCGCGCCCAAUAAGACGGCAGAAUGUCACUUCGACGAAUGUUCAAUUGAAAAACUUUUUUGAUUGAAAUUGAUUGUUAUCGAUUCCAAUUCGUCAUUGUCUACUCAAUUAGAACCUUUUAGCACAUACUGUAGCAUCUAUAUAAUAGUCGUAUUAUUUAAAAAAUAAACAAUUUAAAGUCUUUGUCUAUGUCCGUUCCUCGAUUUCACUCUUAUAGAUGUCGUGAUAGCCUAGUGAAUGUCGUGUCCCUUGAUUUAAGCUAAACUUAUAAUGAAAUAACUAUUGUUAAGGAAGCUCAUUAAAACUAGAUAUAAAAUUUACGCGAUCUGAGUGUUUUGCAUAAUUAUUUAAUAUUCUUUUUGAUAUAGAAAAACAUGAAAAUGUGUUUACACGAGCAGUUGUAGUAUUUUCUUGGAUUCGUAAUUACGAGUCUUGACGGGCUCAGAAUGAUUGUGUCUCAAGAGAAAAAUACAGCGUGUUCUGAAAUUAUAUUUAUCAGAAUAAUGUAUCAUUAUAACUUAAUUAUGUUAAUGAUUCCUGAGAUUAUGAACGUUGUCGUUUUGCAGAAUUUAUUUCAAACAGUGUGGUGCUGAAUAAUAUCAGGUGUCGACAUUUUCUUUUCGUAUUUAUAAUUGUUAUAAGUAUAAUUUAAAAUUUCAUAAACCCUAUUGUUAUCUUUUAUUGUGUAUAUUUCAAUUCGAAAGUGAUGAUAAAAAAUAAAAUUUGUAAAAUUAAUUAAUAUAUUUAAUUAGAUUUGUUAGUGCCAAAAAUAGGGUUUAUAAAUAUUGAAGUUAAGUUGGUUUUAGGUAUAAACGAUGAAGUUGAGAUGAUUAUUGUAAAGAAAAUAUAAAAAACGAACUAGGGUCUUUGUUAACAUGUAAUUUAACUGGUUAAUGUUUGUAUUGGGCCGCGGCUACGGGUUAUUCAGCCAAUUUUAAACUUAUUUUGUUUGAAAAAAAUAAAUGAGAGGUUGUGAAAUCGAAUGUUAAGGCCCGUGGUAGCGGUUCAAUGAUAAAAUAUAAUAAAAAAUAUUGAUAAAUAAAAAACGAGUAGAAACGAUCUACGAUAUAAUAAAAUUUCAAUAAUAAAACGCCUGCAUGGGACCGGGUUAGACUAUAAAUGAACAAAAUGAACUGACGUACGUAAACCACUUCAUAUGAAACGCAAACACAUUUUACAAGCAGUUACUAUUGAUUUAAUCUCUCACUUUUACACCAUUUGGUAUCUUAUAGCGAAUUUUCUGAAACUUUAUGACAAUUUAUUCACACUUCAAUGUCAAUACAAAUUGUGUGGGGGAACUAGCAACACUGACUAUACAUUUUUUUUUCUA